AUGCGGCUGAAGCAGAAUAUUCCAUUCAUAUGGUUACGCAAAACCAAUAUCAAAAUGGCUCCUAAAUUUGAUUGGGAUGAACUAAUGCACACUGACCCAGAAUUUCUACCUGGUCAAGAAGAGCUAGCGAGCAAACUGCUGGAAUCUUUGUCAAAGCUUGAAGAUAAUGAGCUGGCACAAGAUGAUCCUAAUAAAUUAAUUCACCUUUUCAAGAUCACAAGAACUCUAUUGAAGAUGAAAACUCAAGAAGUGGAUCUAGCAAUGGAGGAGUUAGAAAAAGCAGGUGAAGAGCAAGCAAAAACAGGUAAUUAG